AUAGAUUUUUCUUGCACCAAUGAGUGCUUCAAAGAUUGUUUCUGUGUUAGUAUUGUUUGUAUUAAUCAAUAUAAGCAAUAAUAAUAUAAAUGGCGUCGAUGCAUUUCACAAAGUUUAUAGGAAAUUGCAAUCUAAAUCGACAUCGUUGGAAAUAGUUAGUCCUCUUCACAGAACCGCCUUUCACUUUCAACCUCCACGCCACUGGAUCAACGAUCCAAAUGGCCCAAUGAUCUACAAGGGAGUCUACCAUCUCUUCUACCAAUACAAUCCCAAAGGUGCGGUUUGGGGUAACAUUGUGUGGGCACAUUCGGUUUCUAAGGAUUUGAUCAAUUGGGAAGCACUUGAACCGGCUAUUUACCCCUCUAAAUGGUUCGAUAUCAACGGUACAUGGUCUGGUUCAGCUACACAUGUACCAGGAAAAGGACCGGUAAUCCUCUACACUGGUAUCACCGAGAACCAGACUCAGAUCCAAAACUAUGCCAUUCCACAAGACCUUUCUGACCCAUACCUCAAGAAGUGGAUCAAACCAGACGAUAAUCCAAUCGUAAGACCCAAUCAUGGCGAGAAUGGUUCUGCUUUCCGUGACCCGACCACAGCUUGGUUUAACAAAAAAGAUGGAUAUUGGAGAAUGCUUGUGGGCUCAAAGAGAAAGCAUAGAGGAAUUGCUUAUAUGUACAAAAGUCGUGACUUCAAGAAAUGGGUCAAAACCAAGCGUCCCAUCCACUCGAGAAAAAAAACCGGUAUGUGGGAAUGUCCUGAUUUUUUCCCUGUGUCCACCGACAAGAAAACCGGUUUGGACUUCAGUUACGAGGGUCCAAACACCAAGCAUGUGCUGAAGGUUAGCUUGGACUUGACCCGGUACGAGUACUACACUCUUGGAAAGUAUGAUACCAAGAAGGAUCGUUACAGACCAGACGGUAACACUCCUGAUGGUUGGGAUGGUUUGAGAUUCGACUAUGGUAACUUCUAUGCGUCAAAGACGUUCUUUGAUGACAUGAAGAACAGAAGAAUUCUUUGGGGUUGGGCCAACGAAUCCGACACCGUUGAAGAUGAUACUUCAAAGGGUUGGGCCGGAAUUCAGCUUAUCCCAAGAACAGUCUUGCUUGACUCUAGCGGUAAGCAACUCGUGUUUUGGCCUAUUGAAGAGAUUGAGUCAUUAAGAGGAAAGAAUGUACAAAUGAACAACCAGAAAAUGGAGAAGGGCCAACGCUUUGAGGUCCAAGGAAUUACCCCAGCUCAGGUGGAUGUUGAUGUGACAUUUAACGUUGGAAGUCUAGAGAAGGCCGAAAAUUUCGACCCGAGCUUUGCAACAAAACCACUAGAUUUGUGUAAUUUGAAGGGUUCAAAUGUGACAGGAGGCGUUGGACCUUUUGGUUUGAUCACCCUGGCUACAUCUGACCUAGAAGAAUACACUCCUGUCUUCUUCAGAGUCUUCAAAGAUGCCACAACCAACAAGCCUAAGGUCCUCAUGUGCUCCGACGCCAAGCCUUCAACUCUCAAAACAGACACCGGAUCUGACGCCAAGGAGAAGAUGUACAAACCUUCAUUUGCUGGUUUUGUUGAUGUCGAUCUAGCCGACGGAAAGAUCUCUCUAAGAAGUUUGAUUGAUCACUCCGUCGUGGAGAGCUUUGGUGCAAAAGGAAAGACAGUGAUAACAUCUCGAGUGUAUCCGACAAAGGCAGUAGGAGAUAAAGCUCAUUUGUUUGUCUUCAACAAUGGGUCACAGCCUGUGACCGUAGAGAGCCUCAAUGCAUGGAACAUGCAGAAGCCUUUGAAGAUGAACCAAGGAGCUAAAUGAUCACUCUUUUUUACUUUUUUCUUAAGAAAUUUCAUUUAUUUUUUUUAAGAGAGAGAGAGAGAAGAGAGAGUCUGUGAUACAACAGAAAAUAAACUUCUUAUUGUGUUUCUUUUCUAUUGACUCAGUUUGUACAUAGUCCAUUUGCUUAGAUGGACUAGAAUUACAAUUAAA